AAUCUUUUAAACCUGAUUUUCACUAACGCACAAGCAUUCCUGAGCAUAAGCUGACAUAGGCAGAUGCGGUAAGGUGUUGUUGAUUAGCACGUUUUGUUGGGAAAAUUCCUAACAGAAGGCGCUAUUAGCAAACCACAACGACUUCGGCAACGAGAACGUCACCAAAUAAAAGGUUUAAACAAUGGCUGUGCACCUGCACGUGAAAUAACCAAGUUCUGUGGAGUCGGGGGAACGCAAAUGGCGACGACUAAUGUUUCGAAUUCUAUUUGGGAAUGAAAGCUGUCAUUGGGAUUUGAGACUAAAUCCAAUAGGAAAUUGAGCAAUUUCAGUUUUUAAUGGACAAAAACCUUGUACCAGAAUAAUUUUAGGUAUAUUACAGCACUUUUUGCAUUCCUAAAGAUAGCAACAGUUGCCUGAAAUAAUACUAAAACCAUGGGAGCACUAGAAAAUAAAUUUCAAAGUUCAGAGAAAUUGUGCAAACAUGAAUAAAAUUCAUCAUCAGUUUUAUUUCACCGUAACUUUCAAGUGUUUCAUAUGCAAUUCCACUUUUCUUUCGACAUUGAAUAGUGUUGUUACAUGUACUAGAAAUGAUAUCUUUUGACAAGAUAUUUUAAACAGUCGCACAGAAGUUUGCAAUACGUUGUCAAAAAUCUUGGUGCCAAGUUUUUGUCCACUUGUUACUCGAACUUUGGAGGAUUCUUUCUUAAUUCCAAUGCUGAGACGAGCAUCCCCGACCUUAUCACAUGGGAGAAGGAGUCCUCCCUCCCUGGAAGUCUAAUCUGGUGUGUAUUGCCAUGUGAACACUUUCCCGUUCACUUGAGAUAGUUUUAUAGGCCAAAUUCAACAGGAGGGUGGCUAACAGCAGCCCCCCUUGUUAUGCUGACUUGGCCUCAAAAUGCCGGAAAUCCCAUUACUGAGGACCUCAAUUUUGCCCCUGAACCCCGCUAAAGGAGAUCGCCUUCGGUGGUCCGCAUCUCGAAGCCCCUUAUCCUCUAAAAUCCUGUAUCCGCCCCAGCUUUAUGGUGGUGGCCGGGAAAGCAUGGUAUGUACGUAUUUUGGAUAAAUGCAUAAAAGUGCGAAAGGGACUGGGGCUGGGGAUGAACAAACUGAUUCAAAGCCAGCGGCGUUUUACCUAGUCAAGUAAGGCUGAGCCAUUUAUCGACUCGGAAUUUUUUUUCAUUUUUUCAGAUGAAACAUCGAAAACUAAUUUUCUUCUGGCAUAGGUAACGAUUGCUCAGUCUAUUUCAUGAUGUUUGCGACACGCAGACUUACUUUCUACUCAAAAAUUCGUCAUGUUGUACUUGGAAAGUAUAUGAGAUGUUUGUUACACGAAGUAUGUACUCGACAUGUUCCACUUCGUUCAAAGAUGGCGGACGGUUUUAGCGUCGUUGUGUGUGCUACAGUCUCUACUGGUUUAGAAUCGGUUGCCGCCAAGGAGUGCAAAGAGAGGCUCGGCUGUAAGUCAAUAAGGGAAGGAAGAGGCCGAAUCUAUUUUGAUUUUCCAGCAAAUUCGUUUUCAGAGUUGAAGUCGCUGAGAUCUAUCGAGAACUUGCUUGUAGUGGUGAAGGAAUUCCAAGAAGACAACACCGAGGAACUCGAUUGUUAUGACCCGAAUAUUCUUGAAAAACUCUACAAACUACCUCAAGAUCUUGACUGGAACUUGGCUCUUUCUCUGUGGAAGCAGUUUACGGAGUAUUCCGGGAUACUUUUAAAAAGUGAGAACCUAGGUGAAAACAAUGCACUGAAUAUUCAUGUUACAGACAACAAAACUCAAGCUAUCGGCGAGGAUAACGGAGAUAAUGAUGGCGAGUCUUCGGUUGACAGCGUUAGAGAAGCCCCAGCUAAAAGAAUGAAACACGGGAAUAGAGGUUUUGAUAAUGAGACAACCAACAGUAAGGAUGACACUACAUUAGUAGCAACUUCAGAAGCACUUUCUGUACCUUUGUCAAGUGACGUUCCUGCAGAGAGUCCAGCCUUGUUACCAAAAUUCCGUGUUACAUGCACACGUACUGGCAACAGCCAUAGCUUCUCAUCCCCUGAAGCUGCAGCCAAGUUUGGAGGUGGAAUAAAUGACUGGUUUGGCUGGCGCGUGGAUCUCACCAAUCCAGAUAUAGAAGUUCUCCUCAACAUUGUUGAUAACAGUGUUGUUAUUGGUAUUGCACUGACAAAGGAAACUAGAGGAAAACGGAACAUAGCUCACUUUGGUCCAACAACGUUGAAGUCAUCAAUAGCCUACUGCAUGCUCUCAUUGGCAAAUAUUCAGCCAGGUGAAAUUGUGUGUGACCCUAUGUGCGGUGGAGGUUCCAUCCCUAUUGAGGGUGCAUUGAAUUGGCCUGCAUCUUUGCACUUGUGUGGAGACCAUCAUGAUUUAGCUCCUCCUAGGACGUUAGCAAAUGUACAGAAUGUGGUUAAACAACAGCUGGAUGGAAAGAAAACCCUCCCCCUUGACAUUUAUCAGUGGGAUGUUUGCAAUCUUCCUCUCAAAUCAAACAGUGUUGAUGUCUUCAUUUCUGACUUGCCGUUUGGUAAGAAGAGUGGAUCUAAACAUGAAAACUGGAAGCUGUACCCUAAAGCGCUUGAGGAAAUGGCACGAGUCUGUCUCACUGAAAGUGGCAGAGCUGUGUUACUUACUCAAGACAAGAGAGUUAUGGGGCAGGUGCUUAACAGAUCAGCACAAUGGAAAAAGGAUGUGACUUUGUGGAUCAAUCUGGGAGGACUUAAAGCGGGAAUUUAUGUCCUUUCCAGAACUAAAAAGUGAGAUUGUUUACUUCUGAAGGGUUGUAUUAAUUCAUCUUAAUAGCGAGCUUAAGCAAUGACGGCAGGAUCCUGAAGACAAUGCCUAGUAAAAAGUGAAUUUAUAUUUUACCUUCGAACUUUUCAAUUGUCGAGAUCUGUUCAGUGUACCAGCCUAUUGGUCACAGAACUUGCUCAAGCUAAAUAUGUAACUCUGGCAUUCAAUUCCAAAAAAACAUGUGAAAAAUUAGGCACUGCUUUUUUGUGUUCUCCAAAGUAUGCAGAACUUACUAGUCAUUUCACAUUGUUGUUUUGCAGAAGAAUGCUAAGAAAUGUAUUGUAAACAUUUAAAACACACAUGCACAGCCAUUGUUUUACUUAUUAAACCUUUUUUGGUGGCGUUCUCACAGCCGUUGCCUAUGUUGUUUGCUUGAGCUCUCUAUAAUUAAUAAUAAACCUGCCUUAGGGUAGCUUUAAUUUUAAGUCAUUUAGACUUUCUCAGCAGAACAACUAAAUUUUGCAGUUUUGUUCUAGUUAAAAAUUGCACUUUUAUGUCUGACAGGAUCUGUUUUCAGACAAUCUUAAUGUGAACAAUGGCCUUCAACUCUCUUUUAGAAUAUGCCACAUGAUUGACUAACUCAUAAUUUAUGCAGAAUAUUUUUAUUUACUCAAUGACAUUAGAUAAUGGAUAAAACAAAGUGAAGACAUCACUGUUUAAAAUCAAAUGUCUUGAAUACACUUUGAUUAUGCCAUAAUUUUUUAAAGAUAUUCCCCUUAAGUCACAAGUCACUGCGAGAGCUGUAGUGUAUUUUGCAAAUAUAUAGUCAAGUAAAAGUGCGAAAUAAUAGGUAAAUCUGCACAGCAAUAUUGCAUACUAACCCUUGACCAUAAUAAUACUGCCAGCAAGCGUCAUAGGCCUGCAAUGCGUGCAUAACUCACUGAACAAGUGUACAAAAAAAUUCACCAAUAAUCUUUACUUUUGUACUUUGCAGAGUACAGAUUCCUGCUAAAUUCAUUAUGUACAACUAUUAUUUAAUUGUUCUCUACUGUUUAUCAUGGACAUAGUUAUAAGAAAGCAGUCUUUAGAUAAUAAUUAAAACAUACAUCUAAGCAUGCACUUCCUAGCAGAAAGCCACGUUUUUACAGCGCUAUAGAAGCACAUAUUAAACAAGCUAUAUGUCACAAA